UGGCGGGGGGAAGUGGAAUAGAGCGCAGGGGGGAUAAAGCCUCCCCUGCCCUCGCGUUUCGCCCGGAGGGUCGAUACGUACGUCAGACGUCAGCGUAUGCCCUUCUGUACCGGCGAAAAGAUGAUUGUCCGUGAGCGUUGGACAUAGUUAUCUUAUAUGUGACAUGCCCUGCACUUGAUUAGUAGUUUCCCAGAACAUGCGAACAAGAAGUAGCUGUCUGACGUGGCAUUUGUGGUGGGGCUGAGCUAUACACCUGCCUGCGAAGGCGGCCUGCUCUAGUUUUUGGGUCCUAUUCUAGUGCUUUGGCAAGCAGGCGUCCAGGCGCUGGGGAGAGAGAGAGAGAGAGAGAGAGAGAGAGAGAGAGAGAGGGGGGUGGUUUGAGAGGGGGGUGGUUUGACGUUCUGCGGAGUGUUUUGUCUCGAUGGUGCGAGAACGGUGUUGGGGAAGGAGAUGAGGUUUUACCCACUACAAGAAACACACAAUUGAAAAAGAAGAAGAAGAAGAAGAAGAAGAAGAAGACGAUCAAUCAAUAGAGGAAGGAAGGAUUGGCGAUGGCGUAUUAUCCUCCGAUGGGAGGAAGCGGGGGAGCAGGAGGGCAGUCUAAUUUGCCAUCGAGGCUUUACCCGCCUGUGGCUCAGCCUGUUCGCUCCGUGGGUAUGCAAGAUGGUCCUGCCGGAGGUCCCGGCGGCUUCUAUCCCCAGGUCGCGCAGCCUGUCCCGAUCCAGUCCUUGCGAGCACCACCUCCUCCGUCUGUGCCGUCAGGUGGAGGUGUGGGGAUUCGAGUCCGAAUAAAGCCGGAGUACCGCAUGGCCCCAUCGGUAGAGUUAUCACCGCUUGAUGGGGAUAUACCCAGGAGCACAUUCCACUUUGACUUUGCAUUGGAGCGGCAAGUUCUGGCGGGUGAUGGAGAUCAUUCUCCCGAUUUCCCUCCCUCGGCAUCACCGACGGCAUCAGUACAGCUUGGGAUGGAACGGGAUCACAAGGGACUGGAUGGUAUGGGACCAGGACCAGAAGCUAUGGAUCAUUUGGGGAUCCGAUUGGAUGAAUUGGAUGUGAUCGAUGGGAUGCGAAGGGACAGGUUUGGACAGAAUGGGUCAGGACAGGGUUCGGAGGGGGAUGGGAUUGUAUGGGAGCACAUUGGAUGGGAUUGGAACCAGAUCAGGAUCACCGUUACGACGUCCGGCUGCAUCAGGAUCGGGUCGUAGGGGAUUGGAUUGGAUUAGAUCGGAUUAGAUUGGAUUGGAUUGGAUUGCGGACGGGAUAAGAUGGAAUUGGAUUUGCUAUAUUGAUUC